UCAGCGGCGGCGACAGUAGUGGCUGUCUGUACUGGAAGUGCAUUCUUCAUUAUAGUGAUCGCCGCCACCACUUGCUAUCUCUAUAAACGCAGAAAUAGCGAUCAAUUUGGACACAAAACACUUCUUAUUAAGCGUAAUAUUCCUGUCGAUCAGUCGCUAUCAUUCAAGAAGUCUUCUGCUGUCAAAAGUCCCGGUUCUGCGACUGUUCUCAAGAAGAGUCCGAGUCCUACAGGAAAUAAAUCGCCGCCGGGAAAACUUCACUUCAAAUUGAAAUAUAAUUAUCAAAAGCGAGCUCUUUGUGUGACAAUAAUCAAGUGCUCGGAUUUGCCCCCAAAAGAUCCCAACUUUGGAAGUUCUGAUCCUUAUAUUAAGCUUCAAUUAUUACCAGAAAAACAACAUAAAGUUAAGACUCGAGUAUUGCGUAAAACCCAAAAUCCCGUUUAUGACGAAGACUUUACAUUCUAUGGAAUCAAUCCAAACCAUUUGCAGACAACAAUUCUUCAUUUUGUUGUCUUGAGCUUUGAUCGAUACUCAAGAGAUGAUGUGAUCGGAGAAGUGUUUUGUCAGUUAAAUCUGUUAGAAUUUGAUUCAUUGGAAAAACAGAUUCUUAUCACAAAAGACAUUUCUCCCCGAAGUCACAAAAUGAGACUACAGGGAAGGGGAGAGAUCCUGGUCUCCCUCUGCUAUCAACCGGCGGCCAAUCGGCUAACUGUUGUUGUACUAAAAGCUCGGAAUUUGCCAAAAAUGGAUUUAACAGGACUUUGUGAUCCAUACGUGAAGAUAUAUUUGGUUCAUAACAACCAAAAGAUUAUUAAGAAGAGAACACACGUCAAGAAGAGAACCACUUCU